GCUAUAGGUGGGGACCGAAGGCUUGAACCCUGGUCCUUGUGCAUGGUAAUAUAUAUGCUCAGGUGGUUGUGCCACCACUUUUUAUUUCUUUGAUAUUUAUUUAUUUCCUUUUGUUGCCCUUGUUGUUUUAACAUUGUUGUUGUUAUUGAUGUUGUCGUUGUUGGGUAGGUUAGAAAUGGAGAGAGAAGGGGAAGGCAGAGAGGGGAGAGAAAGACAGACACCUGCAGAUCUGCUUCACCACCUGUGAAGUGACUUGCUACAGGUGGGGAGCCGGGGGCUGGAACUGAAAUCCUUAUGCCUGUCCUUGCGCUUUGCACCACCUGUAUUUAACCUACUGCGCUACUGCGGCUCCCUGUGCCACCAUUUUCAUACACUGUAGUGCCCCAACCAUAGUGAAUUUGAUUCCCAAGGAAGGACUCUGACCACUCUUGUGUUCUCAUUCCUCCUGGUAGUCAAGUAGCUGUCAAGUUUGGUUUCCAAUUUUUUUAAUUGUUUAAUUUAUUAAUGAGAAAGAUAGGAGGAGAGAGAGGAAGAACCAGAUAUCACUCUGGUACAUGUGCUACCAGGGAUUGAACUCAGGACCUCAUGCUUGAGCAUACAGUGCUUUAUCCACUGCACCACCUCCCAGACCACUGGUUUCCAAUUUUUUAAUUUUAUUUAUUUUUACCAGAGCACGGUUCAACUCUGUCAUGAAAAGCUUUUUGCAUAAUCAUUAUGCUGUCUCCUCAAUCCUUGGUUUCUAGUCUUAGUAUGGCCUCUCUCUGAGUCUCAAGUCCUCUAGGGCAGAAUAAAGAAGACAGUAACUGACUACCUCUUCUCCUAGAAUAUGGGAAGUAGCAGCCCCCACACAUUCUUAUCCUGACCCCUCUCCUUGACACAUCUGUGAAAUGGAGCUGAAUCAGCUGGUCCAGGGGUCCUACCAGAAGAUGUACAUGUGGCAUCUUUCUAUGGGAAGGAGAGAACCGGAGGGGUGAGGGGUGAGGUGUAAGCUCCCCAUUGGUCCAGGUCAAGUGUUCCGGGGUGGGCCCCACUGCACUGUGCACAUCUGCAGUCCGGUCACAGCCCUGCUCACUGAGCCGACUCUGGGACCAUGCAACUGUCACUGCUACUGCUGCUGCUGCUGCUCAGGGCCCGGGGCAUCCCAGGAGACCUUAUGGAUAGGGUGCCACUCUCAGCAACUGCCCCUAACCUGGAUGAGGAGGAGAGAUACUCUGCUCACAUGCCUGAUCAUUUUCGCUGUGAUGCAUGCAGGGUAGUGGCCUACCAGCCCUCCUUGUUCCAGAUGGGGCAGCAUCUGGCAGAUGCAGAGGCCAAACUUCAUUCACUGGACUCUGGAGGACGACGGGUGCUAAGCGAGUCAGUGUAUACAGAUGUCCUGGAUAGGAGCUGCUCCCAGACUUGGAAAGACUACGGUGUCCGAGAAGUGAAUCAGGUGAACCGUCUCAUGGGCCCAGGGCUUAACGAGGGCCCAGAGCCAAGAAUCAGCGUGAUGGUCACAGGGGGCCCCUGGCCCACCAGGCUCUCCAGGACCUGCUUGCACUACCUGGGGGAGUUUGGAGAAGACCAGAUCUAUGAAGCUCACCGAAAGGGCCAAGGGAGUCUGGAGACACUGCUGUGUGAAGGCCCCCGGGGAGCCUGCUUGGAGGAAACACUAGAGGAAAGGGAGGAGCUCUAGACAAGCCCCUCCUUUCCCGCCCCACGACUGAAGCCUGCAGGUCUUCCUGGAGGGCUCAUUCAUUUCUGCAAGUCUCUGAAGAGCUAGGAGGCCUUGUUCUCUGUGCUGUCCUUCCUGUCCCUCCUCAAGUAUGGGGCACUGGGGCCAUGCCUUCCCUUCUGGACUCAAGUAAAAUUCACCAUCUGGGGCCAAUAAGUGGCACACACAGUACAACGCGCAUGUUACAGUGCACAAGGAUCCCAGUUCAAGCCCCCAAGUCCCCACCUGCAGGGUGGAAGCUUCAUGAGCGGUAAAGCAGUGCUGCAGGUGUCUCCCUCUCUAUCUCCCCCUUCCCUCAAAUUUUCUUUGUCUCUAUCCAAAAAUAAAUAAGCUUAAAAAAAAAAAAACUAACAACCUCCAAUCCUUCUUUCUACAACUGGUGCUUGGGGUGGGGCUGGGAGGAAAGAUACUUGUUCCUGCCAGACACCAAGAGACCCAGAUCCAGGAAAUCAGGCGAGUGGCUAGAGGCAGAUGGAAACAUGAGCCACUCGGCCUAAGUUAUAUGAAGUUAUAUGAACAGUAGAACCCC